AUGGCCGGACUCUGGUCCUCAAACGCUCACCGCUGGGUGUACGAGACGUUCAAGAUACUUCAUCGCGACAUCAGCGUGGAUAACAUCAUGUGGUUCGUGCGGGACGGGCGGAUCGGGCCCGCGACCUCACCAUGGCGACUCAAGACUUGGGUCAACACCGAACAGAAGCCCACGACUGCACCGUCGCAACUCACGCCCAUGCAAAUCCCGCGGUACCGCACGGGGCUGUUCAUGGCCAUGGACCUCCUGCGCUCGGGCCGCCCUCCCGUCCAUAAGUAUCGCCACGACCUGGAGUCGUUCUUCUACGUAUACGCAUACGCCACCGCUGCGUACAACCCAGUCACAAAGACGUUCGGGCACAUCGCGCAAUGGCAACGUGGUUCCCUCGUCGAUGUCGGGAAAUGCAAGCACGAGUUUUUUACGCGUAGAAAGGAGCUUCUGGACGUCUUCUCUGAGAUGCACCCACUCUUUGAGCCGUUGCUGCAGCCAGGCACUUUCUUCGUCCGGCUUCUGACCCUCUUUGCGAUCCUUGAGCGUCAUAGGGACAAGGUCGAUGAAGUCACAUGGGGAUACUUGGAAGACACUCUCGAUGCUGGAGUUGCGGCUCAGGUGGAGGAGAUCGAGAGGGAAAGGGAUCAGAUGGUCACGUACAGUACAUUUAUGGAGAUCCUUGGCGAGCCAGAGGAUGUGUAGACUCGCCACCUGUUCCUCGCAACCGACGUGUCGGACGGGUUGCUGGUUGUGCAUCAUGUUGUCUAUGGUAAAAAAAAGGCGCCGGGUGCAGGUUGACCACGCCAUAUGCCAGUACCCAGCAGACCCCGUUUCCCUGACUUAAUGUCAGACAAAUAGUUCUGGUCAAGAACACAGACAGGGUGA